GCCCAAAGUAACGGGCCCAUUAAAACGUGGGCUAAGUUCUUCUAAAUUUGGGCCAUUCCCCGCCUGGGAUCCUCGAACUCUCUUCCCCUGUUUUGUGGCGACAUGCAAAGCAAAGGAAAAGCAACUCCUCUGUCUUGUUGUUUUGCUGAUUGUGGUGUGGAUUAUCAGUGGAGGGAAGAGUGAUGAGAGGUUGUCAUUGUUUGUCUUAUCCCAUUGAAUGUUUUGAAAGACUGAAACAGAAGAAGAUCAUGGGCUGUGGUUCAGAUAACAGAACUACAAAUUUUAGCAGACCCAGAAAAGGGCAGGGAAAGAAGAGGAGGAGGAGGUGUCGUGAAAAUCCAUGGCGAGAAUGGUUUCACUACAGCAACCAACCACUCAGUCUCACCCUUCUUUCUCUCUUCUCACUUCAUCUCUCUCUGAUUUCAAUGGCGCACGACUCCAAUCUCAGCUCCAGUUCAAGAGAAAGCUGGGUAUGCAAAACAGAGGAGCAUUGCAGGUCAGUGCCUCCAGCAGCUCCAAGAACAUUCUGAUCAUGGGUGGCACUCGAUUCAUUGGUAUCUUCCUGUCCAGACUUCUUGUUAAAGAGGGCCACCAGGUGACCUUGUUUACUAGAGGGAAGGCACCGAUUGCCCAGCAAUUACCUGGGGAAUCAGACCAGGAUUUUGCUGACUUCUCAUCUAAGAUAUUGCAUUUGAAAGGAGAUAGGAAGGACUCCGAUUUUGUGAAGACCAGCCUUGCAGCUAAAGGCUUCGAUGUUGUCUAUGAUAUCAAUGGACGUGAGGCUGUUGAAGUUGAACCCAUCAUAGAAGCCCUACCAAACCUUGAACAGUUUAUUUACUGCUCUUCAGCUGGAGUCUACCUAAAAUCUGAUCUCUUACCCCAUUGCGAGGUAGAUGCUGUUGAUCCCAAGAGCAGGCACAAGGGGAAGCUCGAGACAGAGAGCUAUCUCGAAUCGACGGGAGUCAACUGGACAUCUAUAAGGCCAGUCUACAUCUAUGGACCUCUAAACUACAAUCCUGUAGAGGAAUGGUUCUUCCACCGGUUGAAGGCUGGUCGCCCCAUCCCAAUUCCCAACUCCGGCAUCCAAAUGACCCAGCUUGGCCAUGUCAAGGAUUUGGCAAAAGCAUUCAUUACAGUGCUUGGGAAUGAUAAGGCCAGCAAGGAAGUGUUCAAUAUAUCUGGUGAGAAGUAUGUUACGUUUGAUGGGUUAGCUAGAGCAUGCGCCAAGGCUGGUGGGUUUCCAGAGCCCGAGAUUAUUCAUUACAAUCCGAAGGAGUAUGAUUUCGGGAAGAAGAAGGCAUUCCCAUUCCGCGACCAGCAUUUCUUCGCGUCCAUAGACAAGGCGAAACAUGUCCUUGGAUGGAAGCCAGAGUUCGACCUGGUAGAGGGCCUGACAGACUCAUAUGAGCUAGAUUUCGGGAGGGGAACGUUCAGGAAAGAGGCUGAUUUCUCGACGGACGAUAUCAUUCUUGGAAAAUCUCUUGUGACAGCAUAGAAGAUCCUGUUCCUUGAUUAGCUUGGCGGAGUCUGUUCUAUACUUCUAGUACUACUACACCUUUUGUUGUUCUGUUCAUAGUUGUAACUAUGUGCAUGGUUGUUUCCCUUUGUUCUUCAUGUCUCCACUAGUUGUUCAGCAUUAGUUGAAUUAAGGUUAUUACGAAGUGGAGAUGUAGAACGAAUGGGGCAUUCACCAUAAGCAAGAACAAUGGAAAAUGAAAACCAGCAUGCCUUUCAACUCUAGUUAUAGCUCAAUGGUCAUGUCCUUCAACACGGAGCCUGUUUUUUCUUCCCUUCACCCAAUAUAAGAACAACAUCCUGCAACUCACUAACAAGCCAAAAUAAAAAAUUCAAAUGGAC